AUUUUACUUUUUUCUAGAUCGCUUUGCAGUGCGCGCAUUACACCAUGUACAGACUAAUUAUUUGCACCUUCUUUGCGUUUGUCUUCUCGGAGAUCAGGGAGGAAGACAAUGAAGUUAUCAACUCGAUGGUGGAAAAAAUCGCUAUGCGCGACUACAGCGAGACUGUGAAUCUUAACCAGUUUCUCAUUGAGUUGAAGAAAAUGGAAUUUUCUGACUUCAAGACUUUAAAAAGUAUGGAAGGAUCAACAUGGUUGAAAGAUUAUUCCGAGGAUGGGAAUAAUGUUGAUUAUAUGAAUCUAACCCUAAGGCUUGAAAAGAUGAUGGUGAAGGUGAAUGAAGUCCUCGUCGGGCCGACGAAGCUAAGUGCAUCGUUUGACAUAGGCGAGAACGAGAUGAAGGUCAGGGCGAUGACGAAAGGAUACAUCAACCCGGGCGAAUGCAAAAUAAAGUUCGAGGACUUUGAGGUCGUCAAGCUCAAUAAGGUGAUCAUGCACUCCGACGUCCCUGAAUACGAAGGCUUGGACGUAUCGAACUUCUUCCAGGAUUUAGCUCUACCGCUCAUCAACCGCAUAGUCAAGAGCAGAUGGUUUGACCAGUAUAUGGAGAAGAUGGCCGUAUGUUUUUGCUCCAUUGCUGAAGCGUCAGUUGACAAGAUGCAGGAUCCGUAAAAUAGUAGUUAAUUAAAUUGUAACUUUAAUAAAUUGAAGAUGUAUCAAUAAUCUUAAUCAUCCUGGUGCACGUUUAAAUAUUGUUUUCAUGUAUUGCAUAACAAAUUAUCUAUCAUUAUUAAACCAAAUGCUUAAUGAAGUA